AACAACGAAGUGUUGCCAUUCCUCAAAAUAAUUUCGCCCUUAUCUAUCGGCUGCAAUUUGCCUGUCAUUGCAUUUGGUCAAUCCACGUUCUAUUCUCUUUGCAUCACGACUUUCAACGCAACACAAUGGCGCCGGCAACACAGGCACCUGUCAAGCGCGCCACCUACGACGGCUCACGCCCUCGUUUUCAGACCCUAGAUGCAUGGCUGACUGUCUACGGAAAUGCUGAGUACGCUAUAUACAAGCGUGAUGCAGCACCUAAUGCGUUGAGCUACGAAGAGUGGUCACAAUCAGAGCACGUACUUGGCCCGUUUUUGUGGUAUACGACCCUGGAUGUGUGGGAAGAAGACUCAUCGAGCGACGAAGAAUCUGACGCGGAGGCACCUGCGUUCACUGCGCGUGCUCCACCAAAGGAACAGCCGAAGAAGUUGGUAAUAAAGAACGGUCAGAGUAAACGCGGUCCCGUCUGAAGACAUUGUCGUGUCAGACGUCAGUGACGUCGAGGAACCCAGUCCCGCUAUCGAAGCUCCGUCUUCUGUAGCGAAUGUACCAGGCAGUCCUACUAACGGGCGACGGAAGUCGGGUGGGCGGAAGAAGAAGCAGUAUUUGUCCGCAGAAAUCAUCUCGCCCGAAGAUGAGGAUGAGGAUCCCAUGAUAAUGAAUAGAACUAUCGCC